UAUAUAUACUAUACUGUUACCCAAACACUCCUCCCAGUUUUUUUCAGUGAUAACAUUCUAUAAAUACAAUCACCGCCGAAACUAUUAAGCUACUUUUAUUAAAGUCUGAGAGAAAAAAGAAGAGAGAGGUAAGAUGGAUUUCAAGACUUUUGCAGUCUCUAGUGGCUGCGGGCUCAUCUUUGGAUUAGCUGCAGAGAAAGGACAAGCUUACUUACCAUCAGUCAUAAGGAACCAAAUGACAUUUUCACAGUACACCAUGCUUAAACUCUUCCUACCAGCAGUUGCUACAAGUUGCGGUGUUUUCAGUUUGUUGGCUUUCAUUCCAUCCACUCGACGCUAUUUCCAUUCCGUUCGUAAAGCAUUUUACGAUUCACUUGCAUUUCAAAGUGUCGGAAAGACUUUACUUGGUGGGGCCAUUCUUGGAACUGGAAUGACAUUAUCUGGAUCUUGUCCUGGAAUGAUAUUUGUCCAGCUUGGAACCGGAACACAACAUGCAGUAUACACAUUUGCAGGCUGCAUUCUUGGUGCAGUACUGUAUGGUAUGAUCCACUCCAGCCUCCAGUCUACAUGCAAAAAGAAGCAAGAUGAUGAUGAGCCUUCUCCUCUUUCGAUUGCAGGAAACUUUGUUGAUAGGAUCCUUUCUGUGAGAUAUGUAUCUGUUGCUUUGCCUUUUAUGGCUCUACUCGCUACAGUUUCAAUACUAGUAGAUAUACUCUUUCCAGAGAAAAUAAACCUAUCAGGGCUGCAAAGAAAUGGAAUUCCACUUUUAUCUCAAGCAACAUGGAACCCUCUUUUAUGCGGUGUCUGUAUUGGCAUUCUUCAACUUCCAUUGGCAAUUAGUGUGAAGGAUAGUAUUGGGGGCAGCUCGUCUUAUUGCACUCUAGUAGCUAAAGCAGUGAGUACCACCACAAAGCAAGCUGGAAAUGGGGCCUUUGCCUACUUUAAGAGCUACACUAAUGACUGGUGGCAGGUUGUAUACGUGGGGAGUGCAGCAUUAGGAGGUGCAGCUUCUUCUCUCCUCUCUGGUACGUGGGGCAGUGUUGAGGGUGUCUCUCCUCUUACUGGUUUCAUUGGUGGAGCAUGUCUCCUCUUUGGAGCAAGACUGGCUUCAGGUUGCACCAGUGGCCAUGGAAUAUCUGGUACUGGUCUUCUACAUGGUUUCUCACUCCUUGCUCUGUGUUCAAUGUUUGGUGGAGCUAUUGCAACUGCAGUGACAAUGAAAGCAAUCCUACCAUCAUGAAAAGAGAGACAAAUAUGAACAAGAGUACAUGACUUACUUUCGAUAUAUGAAUUAUCAGCAUUAUACCUAGUCUGUUUUUUUAUUUUAUUGUAAAAAAAAUAAAGAAAAAGGAAGCAGAAAAAACGAUUCUUCUAUGCUGGAUAAUGAAAUAACAAUGGGAAUAAAAUGAGGAGAUGAAAUUAGUUUCAUUAUUAUAUCAUUAAAAAAGUUAAUUUAUAAUUAUCAUCAUUACAUUAUAUAAAUAUAAUUA